GGGACCGGGGUCGGCCGCACGGCCCGGAAGGGCGCAGAGAGCGGGGAGUGGAGGGUUAAGUGCUUUGCGAUCUCACCAAGCUCUGCCGAAAUGCCAGUCCACUGUCGCGGCGACAAUGUUUCUGGGUGUCGGGGCCUCGUCCCUCCUGGCAUUUGUCUGAAAUGGAGCUGUCUGUCUAACCUAGGCCUGGACGCGCCCUACCCGGCGCUCUCCAGCCUCCGUGCCCCAGGAGCUCCGCAACAGCCUUCCAGGAUUAUGGAGUUUCUGAGCGAGAAGUUUGCCCUCAAGAGCCCGCCGAGUAAAAACAGUGACUUCUACAUGGGCGCAGGAGGCGCAUUGGAGCACGUUAUGGAGACGCUGGACAAUGAGUCCUUUUACAGCAAAGCGUCGGCGGGCAAAUGCGUGCAGGCCUUCGGGCCCCUGCCCCGCGCGGAGCAUCACGUGCGCCUGGAGAGAGCCUCGCCCUGUCAGGAGAGCAGCGUGAACUAUGGGAUCACUAAAGUAGAAGGACAGCCUCUUCACACCGAACUAAAUAGAGCUAUGGACAACUGUAACAAUCUCCGGAUGUCUCCCGUGAAAGGGAUGCCAGAAAAGGGAGAUCUGGAUGAACUUGGGGAUAAGUGUGACAGCAACGUAUCCAGCAGUAAGAAGCGGAGACACCGAACCACCUUCACCAGCCUGCAGCUGGAGGAGCUGGAGAAGGUCUUUCAGAAAACCCAUUACCCGGAUGUAUACGUCAGAGAACAGCUUGCUCUGAGGACAGAGCUCACGGAGGCCAGGGUGCAGGUUUGGUUUCAAAAUCGAAGGGCCAAGUGGAGAAAAAGAGAACGUUAUGGCCAAAUACAACAAGCUAAAAGUCAUUUCGCUGCCACCUACGAUAUAUCAGUUUUGCCAAGGACUGACAGCUAUCCACAGAUUCAGAACAAUUUGUGGGCAGGAAAUGCGAGCGGUGGUUCUGUGGUUACUUCAUGCAUGUUACCACGUGACACUUCCUCCUGCAUGACACCUUAUUCUCACUCGCCUCGGACAGAUUCCAGUUACACAGGGUUUUCAAACCACCAGAACCAGUUCAGCCACGUGCCCCUCAACAAUUUUUUCACUGACUCUCUUCUUACUGGGGCUACCAAUGGACAUGCAUUUGAAACAAAGCCAGAAUUUGAAAGGAGGUCUUCCAGUAUCGCAGUUCUUCGAAUGAAAGCCAAGGAGCACACUGCCAAUAUUUCAUGGGCCAUGUAACAUACAGUACUCUUUUAUUUUUCUUUUAAUGGCAAAGUAAAACAUUCUAUUUCUCAUAUUUAAAGGAUACCACAAUAAGCUGCUGUGUGCGGAAUUGCUAAAGGUCAAGAUAUACAGCGAG